CUCAGCUCUAGGACUAUGAGUUAUACCGUGUUGAGAGUGAGAUAUAGAUAUUCAUAUUCAUAGCAUCAGUAAAUGGGUGUGUUUUUGAGUCAUUUAUCAGCUUGGUCUCUUCAGUGGUACUGGGGGUGAGCUUGCAAGUUCUUGGAAGCUAAGAAUGAGACCACAACGACCAACACCUCCUGGAGGGCCUGGGCCUUCGGGCUAUCCAGGUUCAUGGCCCGGCCCACCUUCCCCUCUUGGCAACUUCUUUCAUGGACUGUGUAACACCAUAUCUUCUUGUUUCUACAUAGCUUGCUGUUGUUGGUUGUUCCAAGACUGUUUUGGCGCCCCACCUGAACCACCAUCAAUUCCAGUGGCUCCACCACAAGCACCGCCCCCACCCCCGCCUCCGCCUCCACCUCCACCGGAUCCAGUUGUUCCGCCGCCUUUGCCUGGCCCACCUGGGCCUCCCAUGUCGCCACCACCAGUAGCUCCUGCCACUUAUUGGCCUCCUGUUCCUCCUGGCCCUCCGGGUGAUCCAGUGGGCCCUCCUGGACCUCCUGCCCCUCCUUAUGGUCCAAUGGGCCCUCCUGGACCUUCUUAUGAUCCAGUGGGCCCUCCUGAUUACCCACCAGGAGCCCCACCUCCUUAUUAAGGUUGGUGGGCAGAUUCAUGCAUGCUAACUAACAGUAACCAAUGCAUAAACCAAAAGAUUUUCUGAAAUUAUGGAACUAUAUGUUCAUUGUGUCUGUAGUAGUAGGAGAUCUUGUAAUAUUGGACCAAAAAGUUAUUAUAUUAUAUGAUGGGUAGUGGGUACUAGUACUACUAAUGCCAUGAGAAAACCCGACCCUAGUGAUUGUUUCUUGUUAGAUAAAUGGUACAUCAAAAAGCAUCUAAAGUGUACUUGUUCAAUAGUUUGAAAUAAACAAAUAAAAUAAAUUGUACCUGUCCAAUUUCAACGCCCU